AUGCCUCGCCGGCGCGCACCGGGGCGGCAGCCUCGGCGGCGGCGGCGAGAGCAGUGGGAGGGGGCCGGGGGGGAGGCGAGAUACGAUAACUUACAGAGACAGCCGAUUUUUACGACCCAGCAAGAGGCCGAGCUGGUACAAUAUCCUGACUGUAAAUCGUCCAGUGGUAAUAUUGGCGAGGACCCAGACCACUUAAAUCAGAGCUCGUCUCCUUCUCAAAUGUUUCCCUGGAUGAGACCACAAGCAGCUCCUGGUAGACGAAGAGGAAGACAAACCUACAGUCGUUUCCAAACCCUAGAGCUGGAAAAGGAAUUCCUUUUUAACCCUUAUCUGACCAGGAAGAGAAGAAUCGAGGUUUCCCACGCCUUAGCCCUCACGGAGAGACAGGUAAAAAUCUGGUUCCAGAACAGGAGGAUGAAAUGGAAAAAGGAGAAUAACAAGGACAAAUUUCCCGUUUCCCGGCAGGAGGCGAAGGACGGGGAAACCAAAAAGGAAGCACAAGAGGUGGAGGAAGACAGAGCCGAAGGCCCGACAAAUUAGCUUCUACUUUUAAAAUUUACCACAGACUAUUAAAACUAACGAUCAACCUAAGCUUGUGGACACCACCUAUCUUCUUUGUUGGAAAGGACCCUACCUGUGUUUCAAGCUACCUUCAUGUCACUGCUCUUGAGGUUUCUGCGCUUCUGAGAGGGAUUUGUGUGUUUUAAAAAGUUUCUAGUAUCACAUAGGAGCGUCCUUGAGCUGUCCUAUGAAGGGUAAUUUGAUACUGAUCUUGGAGCUAUAUUUUUAUAAUUGUUUUUAACUGUCUGAGCUGGUGAUUUGUCUCAACAACGUAAACUUCCUAAUGAUUAGCCCUAAAUAAUUGAGUAUAAAAUGCUUUAUUAAUCAAACAAGUGCACUUGAACAUUUUAAAAUCUUUUCUUUAUGAUAAGUAAAUUAAAAGAAAUCUAUUAAUUUUUUAAAGUUAUGCCUGCAGAAUAUUUACUUUAUAUUAUUUGAUUAAAAUGUAUUAUUUAUGUUUUCUUCCCUGCUUUUAUAAUGAAUGGUUUGGGUGCCUUUUGUGUUAUUCCUAAAGGGCUUCUUUGAGUAUUGUGUAAAUGUAUUAUCUUGGGGGAGAAAAAAGUCUGGGCCAAAUAUUUGAAAAGCACAUGUUAGCUGAAGACUGUAAUGUGUAGUCCUGGCUCUGUAGCUCCCUUAAACUUCAGGAAAAUGUUGGGCUAGUGACACGUUUCAGGACAAUGUCAAAGGUGACACUUAGUCAUUGUUCUAUAGUCUGUACAAAUUAUGACAAUUAAAUAAUUUAGAGAAUGAAUACUUGAAAAAACAAUUAUAACAUUUUUCACUCAUUAACUUUUCACUUUGGCAGGCCGCCUGUGUAUCGCGUCUCAUUUCUCAGCUUGCUUUCGUUUUGAACCACACUUGUAAUUGCCUGAAAUCGCUAAGUCUGUACACUGCGGCUGCCGCCAUGAUUCCAUUUUUAAACUAGAUGUCAUAUUUAUUUGUAUUCCCUUUGCUCUGUUUGCACGCAUGUUUUAAGCCAGCUUGCUGUGCGUGUCUUAGAUGUCGGUUGUUACGUCCCCUGCAGGAAAACCAUGGCCUCACCUAGUGAAACAAGCCCUGAGACCAAAUGCAGAAAAAUGUGAGUGUAAACAACCGCUCCAGCAUACAACUAGCUCCUUAAUAAAAAAGUGUA